GGGGGAGCGGGAGAGCUCCUCGAGGCAUGUCAGUCAAAUGACGCAAAGAAACCCGUGAGGCGGGGUAGCCAAUCGGGACGCAGCAUGCCGCCGCGCGCUGCGCCCCUUGCGUCUGACGCAAAGCCGUAAAGCCGAGCAGCCAAUCGCAGCCCGCCUUGGCAGGCGAGCGCCCCGCCCCUUGCGUCAGAGAAGGACAAAGUCAUUGAGCGAAGGGGAGACUCGGCCUCUCUGAAGCGGAGCCGCCGGCGAGGAGCGGGGGCCGCCAUCUUAGAAAACCCCUCCCUGAGGUCAUCCGGCCGGCGCCGCCGCCAUGUUCUCGUCCAUCGCGCCGCUCGCGCGCCUCAACCCCUUCCACGCGCCUCGCCUCCAGCUGCAGCAGCAGCCGCCAGAGGAAGAAGCAGCAACCGGCGGCCUGAGGAAGCGCCCGGCCCCGGAGCCGACAUGCGCUCGGCGGGCCCUGACAGCCGCCUCCGUCGAUGAAGAAUACAGUUGUGAAUAUGGCUCACUCAAGUUUUAUGCUCUCUGUGGCUUUGGUGGGGUCCUAAGUUGUGGUCUGACGCACACAGCAGUCGUACCGUUGGAUUUAGUGAAGUGCCGUAUACAGGUGGAUCCGCAGAAAUACAAAAGCAUUUUCAACGGCUUUUCAGUCACUGUCAAGGAAGACGGUGUCCGUGGUUUGGCAAAGGGAUGGGCCCCGACCUUUAUCGGAUACUCCAUGCAAGGGCUCUGCAAGUUUGGGUUCUAUGAAGUCUUUAAAAUCUUAUACGGCAACCUGUUGGGGGAGGAAAACGCAUACUUGUGGCGCACAUCCUUGUACUUGGCCGCGUCCGCCAGCGCGGAAUUCUUUGCCGAUAUCGCCCUGUCUCCCAUGGAAGCCGCUAAGGUUCGCAUUCAGACCCAGCCCGGCUAUGCGAACACGUUGAGGCAAGCGGCUCCCAAAAUGUUUGCAGAAGAAGGCGUUUGGGCUUUCUAUAAAGGUGUUGCUCCCUUGUGGAUGAGACAGAUCCCAUACACAAUGAUGAAAUUUGCCUGUUUUGAACGAACCGUGGAAGCUCUGUACAAAUACGUGGUUCCCAAACCAAGAAGUGAAUGUUCAAAGGCAGAGCAGCUGGUGGUUACAUUUGUAGCAGGCUACAUCGCUGGUGUUUUCUGUGCCAUCGUUUCCCACCCCGCUGAUUCCGUCGUGUCCGUACUGAACAAAGAAAAGGGCAGUUCAGCCGUCGAAGUGCUGAAAAGGCUUGGCUUCAAAGGCGUAUGGAAGGGUCUGGUUGCCCGUAUCAUCAUGAUAGGCACCCUGACGGCGUUGCAGUGGUUCAUCUACGACUCUGUGAAAGUGUAUUUCCGGCUUCCUCGCCCACCCCCGCCGGAGAUGCCAGAAACUCUGAAGAAAAAGCUCGGGCUGACUGAAUAAAUUGGAUCAUGGACUGGCUUGAUAGCAAAGCAACUUUAGAUGUAUUAUGUGUCGGAGAAUAAAGUCUUCUUUCUUGGGACUUCACUGUCACCGUCGGUCAGAAUAAACCCAUACCAGAGUGA